AUGGAGCACCCGAACCAGAAGGUUUAUCCAGUCUGCAACUGCAGUUGCGGCGGAAGCGACGGCGACAAGUCAGCUAAGCACAAGACGCUUUUUCACGAUCAUGUGCAUCUUACCUGUAUGGAUUCCGACAAGAAGGUCGAUUCUGCGGCGGUCAUCCAUCCAAAUGCGGUGACCCGUCCCGAUGGUGUCAUUAACGGGAUCGAACGGCUAUUAUUCCCCCGAUCCAUUCAAGACGAUUUCAACCGUCGGAGAAAUCUCCAACAGACUUCUGCGGUGAAACCAGAAGGAGCAUCGGUUGUCGACCCCAUAACCCACCGGCUCAAUAAAACAGCACCACCGGCGCCGGCAGGUUCACCGCCUGUGCUGCCGAUCUAUGAUGCAAUGGCUCCAGGGCCGUCACUAGCUCCGGCACAAGCACCAGGCCCCGGCGGUCCUCACCUCAAGUUUGACGGAGAAUCCCAAGUUAAGGACUUCAUCCACACUCUCCUGCAUUACGGCAGAUACAACGAGCUCGCCGACAUUUUGGUCAACCUCACAUCCUUAGCGUCAGAAGUGGGGAAAUUAGUGUCUGAAGGUUACGUCUUAAUAGUAUUGGCUCCGAACGACAAUGCCAUGGAGAAUCUGACGACGGACCAGCUGAGCGAACCUGGUGCUCCAGAACAGAUCAUCUACUACCAUUUCAUUCCAGAGUAUCAGACGGAAGAGAGUAUGUACAAUGCGGUGAGGAGGUUCGGUAAGAUCAAGUACGAUACUUUACGAGUACCCCACAAGGUUGUGGUGGAAGAAGUAGAUGGGUUUGUGAAAUUUGGACAGGGAGAUGAAUCGAUUUAUCUGUUCGAUCCUGACAUCUACACCGACGGUCAAAUUUCUGUACAGGGCAUCGAUGGCAUGUUGUUCCCUAUUGAGGAGAAGACGAAAUCGAGAGAGAGAUUUAGAUUCCGGAAAAGGGAUCCUGGAACUGCCACCGCUGCUGCCGACACUGCUGUCGCCGUUGCCGCCACUGCUACCGACGCUGCUGCCGCCGCAGUUGCUGCUGAUGUUCAAGCUGCACUUUGCAAAUCGCUAAAAGAAAGGGAAAAAAAAAACCCAACUUCGCUUUCUCCGGCAGGUUCCAUGGGUGCGGUUGCUUCCUUUGAACCCUUCAUCCUCACCCAAUUUAUCAAUCUGGGAAGGGAGUUUUUUGGGUUUCUGGAUUCGACUUCACGUUCUCUCGAUCUGUUGAAGGCGAUUCAAGAUGGGAAUGUGGAUCAAUUCUGGUCUUGCUCACGACGGCAUUUGGAAAAUUGA